AUGGGCUGUAGCUGCAGCUCAAACCCUGAAGAUGACUGGAUGGAAAACAUCGACGUCUGUGAGAACUGCCAUUACCCCAUAGUCCCACUGGAUGGCAAGGCCACGCUGCCUAUGAGGAAUGGCUCUGAGGUGCGGGAUCCACUGGUCACCUACGAGGGCUCCAAUCCCCCCGCCUCUCCUCUGCAAGACAACCUGGUGAUUGCCUUGCACAGCUACGAACCUUCCCAUGAUGGAGACCUGGGCUUCGAGAAGGGAGAACAGCUCCGAAUCUUGGAGCAGAAUGGGGAGUGGUGGAAGGCACAGUCCCUAACCACCGGCCAGGAAGGUUUCAUCCCGUUUAACUUUGUGGCCAAAGCGAACAGUCUGGAGCCAGAACCCUGGUUCUUCAAGAGCCUGAGUCGCAAGGAUGCAGAAAGACUGCUGCUGGCACCGGGGAACACUCAUGGAUCCUUUCUGAUCCGUGAGAGUGAGAGCACUGCAGGGUCAUUUUCACUGUCGGUUCGGGACUUUGACCAGAACCAGGGCGAGGUGGUGAAACAUUACAAGAUCCGUAACCUAGACAAUGGCGGCUUCUACAUCUCCCCCCGCAUCACUUUUUCUGGCCUGCACGAACUGGUUCGCCAUUACACGAAUGCUUCGGAUGGACUAUGCACACGCUUGAGCCGCCCCUGCCAGACCCAGAAGCCCCAGAAACCUUGGUGGGAGGACGAGUGGGAGGUGCCCCGGGAGACGCUGAAGCUGGUGGAGCGGCUGGGGGCUGGCCAGUUCGGGGAGGUGUGGAUGGGGGUUUACAGUGGGCACACGAAGGUGGCGGUGAAGAGCCUGAAGCAGGGCAGCAUGUCCCCCGACGCCUUCCUGGCCGAGGCCAACCUCAUGAAGCAGCUGCAGCACCCGCGGCUGGUCCGCCUCUACGCGGUCGUCACCCAAGAGCCCAUGUACAUCAUCACGGAAUACAUGGAGAAUGGAAGCCUAGUGGAUUUUCUCAAGACCCCUUCAGGCAUCAAGUUGACCAUCAACAAACUUUUGGAUAUGUCAGCCCAAAUUGCAGAAGGCAUGGCAUUUAUUGAAGAGCGGAAUUAUAUUCAUCGUGAUCUGAGGGCUGCAAACAUCCUGGUGUCUGACAUUCUCAGCUGCAAGAUUGCGGACUUUGGUCUCGCUCGCCUCAUUGAGGACAAUGAAUACACAGCCAGGGAAGGGGCCAAGUUUCCCAUUAAGUGGACAGCACCAGAAGCUAUCAACUAUGGGACAUUCACCAUCAAGUCGGAUGUGUGGUCUUUUGGGAUUCUGCUCACGGAGAUUGUGACUCAUGGUCGAAUCCCUUACCCAGGUAUGACCAAUCCUGAGGUGAUUCAGAAUCUGGAACGAGGCUACCGCAUGGUGCGGCCUGAAAAUUGUCCUGAGGAGCUCUAUGAUCUGAUGAUGCUAUGCUGGAAAGAACACCCAGAGGACCGGCCUACCUUUGACUACCUGCGCAGUGUACUGGAAGACUUCUUCACAGCCACGGAGGGCCAGUACCAGCCCCAGCCCUGA